AGGUGGCAGCAACAGUUACAAUUGCCGAGAGUUUGCGGUUGAGGUUUGCAAGUAGGAAGUGCCGCAGACUGCAGGGGGGUGUGCCGGUGUAGGCUUCGUUAUUUCACUUCAUGCACGUUAAAGUGAAGGAACUUCCCACGUGCUUUGUGUUUUAAAGGCUGAAGGUUUUUGGAACGGAUGUUGGAAGAUGUUAGCUGUGGAUACUGGGGUUGUGGAGGAGUGGUUAUCAGAGUUCAAGACACUGCCAGAAGCAUCCAUAUCCAGCUAUGCUACAAACUUGAAGGACAAGAGUGCUUUGAUUUCAUCUCUUUACAAAGUGAUUCAGGAGCCACAGAGUGAACUUCUGGAGCCAGUUUGCCAUCAACUCUUUGAGUUUUAUCGCAGUGGUGAGGAACAAUUGCUACGAUUUACUCUGCAGUUUCUUCCAGAAUUGAUAUGGUGCUAUCUUGCUGUCUCAGCCAGCAGAGAUUUGCAGAGCAGUGGAUGCAUAGAGGCUCUUCUCCUAGGAGUUUAUAACUUGGAGAUAGUUGACAAAGAGGGACAUAGCAAAGUGCUGAGUUUCACAAUUCCGUCUUUGUCCAAACCUUCAGUCUAUCAUGAACCUUCCAGCAUUGGCUCCAUGGCUCUCACUGAAGGAGCUUUAUCGCAGCAUGGCUUAUCCAGGGUUGUAUACAGUGGACCUCAUCCUCAGAGGGAGAUGUUAACAGCACAGAACAGGUUUGAAGUGCUGACUUUCCUUCUGCUCUGUUACAAUGCUGCCUUAAGCUACAUGCCUGCAGUUUCUCUUCAGUCGUUGUGUCAAAUUUGUUCAAGAAUUUGUGUCUGUGGAUAUCCUCGCCAACAAGUGAGAAAGUACAAGGGAGUCAACUGUAGGAUUCCAGUUUCAUCUGAAUUCAUGGUGCAAAUGCUAACAGGGAUUUAUUAUGCCUUUUAUAAUGGAGAAUGGGAUCUGGCUCGUAAAGCUAUGGAUGACAUUUUGUAUAGAGCACAGCUGGAACUGUAUCCAGAACCUUUGCUGGUUGCUAAUGCAAUAAAAGCCUCACUUCCUAAGGGUGCCAUGAAAUCUAGUAAAGAAGGUACAAGAUGCAUUCAGGUUGAAAUUACACCUACUUCAUCCAGAAUAUCAAGAAACGCUGUGACUAGCAUGUCUAUCCGAGGGCAUAGAUGGAAAAGGCAUGGUAAUGCUGAUUUAGCAAUUCAAGAAGAACUGAUAGAAGUAUCUGAAACUGAUGAAGGGUUUUACUCUAGGGCUACUUCUAGUACAAGUCAGUCUGCUCUAUCUAACAGCAGCAACACGAGCAGUAAGAAUCUUUUAGGGAAGAGCCAACGAAGGUCUGGAGGAAGCAAAGCUGGAGGAAAAGAAAAAGAAGGAGAAACCUGCAGAGAACACUUGUCACGAAAACAAACUCAGAGAGCCAUGAGUGAGAAUCUAGAGCUUGUCUCUCUGAAGAGACUGACACUGACAACUAGCCAGUCCCUGCCUAAGCCUGGCAGCCAUAGUCUGGCCAGAACAACCACUACUGUGUUUAGUAAAUCAUUUGAACAGGUCAGUGGUGUCACAGUUCCAAAUAAUCGUGGUGGUGUAUCUGGUACAGAGGCAAACAGGUUUUCAGCUUGCAGUCUUCAGGAGGAAAAACUGAUGUAUGGAACAGAAAGAACAGAUCUUCCAAUUUUAAGCAAACAACCUAAUCAGCAGCGACCUCCCAGUAUUAGCAUAACUUUGUCAACAGAUUGAUAUUGAAAUGGCAAGUAUGAAAAAUAAGAUAUUGAGGGUUUAUGCUGAUAUUGGUACAUUAUGCUCCUUAAUAUACUAUAUAUUGCUUUCUUAUCAAGCCCAUAAAUUCUUAUUCGGCUAACAUUUGAUGGUAAUAGUGGAUAGAUAACAGUUGUAAUUAUUUUGCAUCAACUUCUAGUAGCUUGGAAAGUUCCUCUUUGUCUUGCUGUAUUUAUACACCUAAUUGAUUUUGAAGUUUACAGCUUCACCAGUCUAACGGGCAUUGAUUCGGUUGGUUAGCCACUGACCAAAUGGGAGCAAAUAGAGCCACUGCCCCAGAUUCUGCUUUUUCACUACCAUUUGAUAUAGGCAAAACUGCAAGUACUUGUUUUAUUUAACAGGAGUCUUGCAGUAUAGUAUGGGCAUGAAAUUUUGGAACAGCAUUGUAAGAACCAUUCUCUUAUGGUAACCUUACAUGUAAGCACAGCUUUCUCAUGGAUAAAACUAGAAGCAUCAGUUCAGUGUUUGACACUAUGGCGGGUUUUGUAAUGGUAGUUAGUAUAUGUUGCGAUGUUCAUACUUUUUUAUGCCUACAUGAGUCUGAAUUAUAGAUGCAUUUUGGUUUUUCUGUACGUCUUUGAACCAGGGCCAAAAGUCAUACAGAAGCAGUACUUGUGGAUGGGAGUUCUUACAAGUUGCUAUAGUAUCACACAAUUUAUAAGUCUAAAGAGUGACACAAUCUGUCUGUCUUUCAGAUUCUUAAAUAUCGGGCACAAAGCUACUCACCGAAAAGUCGUUGUCAUCAGUUUUUUUAUUAUUUUUGGGGAAGAGAUGUGCUUAUGUCAUGAUGUUGUGUAGGAAAUAAGGUAUGAACCUCUUGUACUGACUCAAGCAAAUCAGGAAUGUGUUUAACAUGAACUUGUUACUUGAGACUAAGAAUAUUACCAAAGGAUGCGUACUUUCAAUAACUUGCAAGCACAAAGGGAAAUUAUAAUGUAAAUAUAACUAGCACUGUAAUUCCUAGUCUUUUAUAUCUAUUAUUUUUCUAGUUUGAAAUUCUAAAGCAGCAGCCUGUUCAAGGUUACCUCACCAAACUAACUGAAAGUUAAAGGUUACCUUGUUUAAUACCAACUUCUAAAAUAUUAAUAUUUUAAUUAAAAAUGGACAUUAAAACUUAUUAUGCAAAAACUUGAACAAUAGCUGACAAAACCACUCCAGUAGCAGCAAUUAGCUGAUAAACAGAUAAUGUUUUAUUAUGAGUAGAGACAUAGGAUGAAGGCCUAAGGCAGUCAUUCCCAACUGUCCAGGUUUCUGCAGCUAGUGAUCCCUUAUUGUGAAGAACCCUGUAACAGAGCAAACACUAAAAUUCUGGUAGAAUUUCCUAUUUGCCUGGACAUAAGUUUAGAUAUCCUUCUUCGACCUAAACUGAAGCACAAGUAACUUUUAAUCAGAUAAUUGCUAUAAACAUGAAUAACAUUACUAAGCUGGUUAAUUAACGUAAAGAGAUCAGGAGACAUAGUUGAUAGGGACAAGUAAGUUGUAUAAUUCUGCUUCUAAGACUGCAGACUAGGUGUGUACGUAUCUUAAUACUCACCAAAGUAUAUGGAAUAGCUGCAUCAGUCUGUAGGUGUCUGUCUUCACCUAAGAGCCUGAGUUUAAAUGGAUGUGCCACACUUUUUUCAUUCUCCAGUUUGUUGUGUGAAACUGUUUUAUUCGAGUAAUGCAGUAUUUCACCUUUUUAUAGUAAAGUGUUUUCUUAAUUGUACAUGAAAACUUACAUUCCUAAUGUAUAAACUACAAGUUUGUCCUGUUUAGUGUUUAAUACUUUGGCCAGUGAAAUAAACUAGUUCUUUGAAGUCGUAUGGUUUUGUAAAUACAUUGUACAGCUGAAAAUUUUGCCUCUCUUUUUACAGGUUUUUCUGCAGUACAUGUUAGACAGUACAUUUGUUUCACAUUGACUAAUACACAUGGCUGGUGGAGCAUGCAUAACCACAAGCAAUAGAAGGAUUUUAGGCAGGUGAUAGCAGACGUUGGCUAGCACUACACAUACUGAAUGCAGAGCUCUUCCUUUGCUACAGAUUUGUACUAGAUAUUACAAAGAAAUAACUUGCAGAACUUAGAGUUGCUUCCUGAUCUGCUCUGCAGUGCAGCAUUUAAGAAUACUUUGGAAACAUUUUACGUUAAUUUACAUUGAAACAUAAACCAGAAUCGUUAAAUUGUAGUUGACAAACGUUUGUUGUGAUGGUAUUAGUUGUGAUGGUAUUAGUUGUUAAUGUUAAGUGACUAGAUAUUUUUUUUAAGUAAUUCUACUGGUUUUGUUUUGUUUCAUUUAGUUCAUGAUUGUUUAUCUCCACAGUAGACACUCUUUCAAGCUGGGUGUUGGUAUAAAAGAUGUUUAUUAUACUGAGAAGAUUUAGUCACUUUAGUUAUAAAUAAUUAGAAUUUCAAAGGAUCUAAAAUGCCAUAAAAUGUAGAUAUGUAACAUAAUGUUUACAGUACUGUUGGCUACAAGUCAGACAGUGUUAAAUUGAAAUUAGUUUAUCCUUUUAUUUUAUCCAGCUAAUUAUUCAAACUGGUCUGGCUUGAACCCAAGACAUAGGCUCAUAUUGAUACAACUAAAAUUACAUAAAUACGUUUUUGAGAAAAUGAUAAAAGGAAAGGUUCUUGGUUGUAAAGGUUGCUGUUCCUAUACGUAUAUGGCUUCAUAUAAAUAGGUAUGUAUUGGUCUCUGGAACAACUUUUACACAGUGAGCAUGUUUUUGUGAACUGACAUCACACCUUGAUACUGAUCAAGUCUAAAGAAUUUAUUUCCUUACUUGAGUAGUAAAGCUUUCAGUUGUGCUUCUUUCUUUUCUUAAAAAUGGAAAAGAAAAACACCCACAACCCAAAAAACAGGAUAGGGGAGAGGGAGAGCAGAAUUAUUUGUUGUCCAAAUAUUCAUGGUGCAGGAUUGGAGAGGAGGAGAAGGAAGGGGGGAAGGAAAUGGAUAUUAAUUCUUUGACAAUAUUUUUAAAAUAAAACUUUUGGGUUUUCAGCAUUAUGUGAUCACUUUAGACUGAUGAAUGAAAAAUGUGUAUUAAAGAAUUAGAGGUCUAACAGCAUAAGGAAAAGCUAUUAAGACAUCCCAUAUUGUAGUAUACCUGUGAGUGGGUAGUUCUGGUGAAUAUUCUCCCAACAUCAUACAUGGGUGCAGCAUUCUUCAGGAAAAAUGUUAUGUAGGAACGAAUCAUCUCAAAUUACAUGAAGAGAAGUUUUAACGCUGACAUUUAUAACUGACCUUACUGCUUUAAAUCAAAGGGCACUGUUUCCAGUGAUGGCUUUGAACAGCAACACUUUCAAAACUCUGAAGCUGUGAAGAAUUAUUUUUGUUGUGAGAAUAUGUAUCAUUUGUGCAAAAAGCAUAUGGCCUCUAACCACUUGCUGUAAAGCUGCAGUGACUUUUCUGAAGGGAGUGAAAUGUCCUUGAAUUGCCUUGAAUACCUGACAGGUUGGACAGGUACGGAAAUAUAUAGCUAUUUUAGUUACACUUCUCUCUAAGGGGGUCUAUUCUGAUUUCUAUAAGGAUUCUAGAAAUUUCUAAAUUAUUAUGUCUUGAUAUCUUUUGUCAGUGUUUGAGGCUUGCAGUGCUGUAUAUAGGUGUGUAAUAUAUUGCUUUUUGUAUUUAUAUAAUUCUACUUUUAAGACUAGGUGUGUACACUUCUUAAUAUUCACCAAAGUCUGUGGAAUAACUGCAUCAGUCUACAGAUGUCUGUCUUCACCUGAGAACCUGAGUUGAAAUGAAUGUGCCACGCUUUCUCAUAUUCCUUGGUUUCUCAUGUGACACUGUUCUGUGUUUUAGUAACUCAGUAUUUUGCUUUUUUUACAGUGAAGUGUUCUCGUAAUUGUAUAUGAAAACUUACAUUCCUAGUGUAUAAAUGACAAGGUUGUCUUGUUUAAUGUUUAAUAACUUGGGCAGUAAAAUAAACUUUUUUGAAGU